AUGGCCCACUCACCAGACACGCCUCCCGAUCAGCGCCGCGGAGAGGACAUUGACGCAGAUCAUGGGCCCAAGCCACACCAGCGUGCGCAGCUCGUAGAACCAGAUACGGUCUUGGAGAGGCAUGUCGGACGGCCGCUGCCACGCCCAGCGAAGGCCGAACUCCAGCACCACACCCACUGCCGCCGUUCAGCACCAUUAGAUUGGAUCCGGGGCUCUCCCUUACACGCAACCACGAGCAUACUAGCGGACAGCGCGGCUUCUGCGCAGCGGCUACGCGGCCACAGCACUCACGCGCGCCAGACGACGACCGCCGCGUCCACCAGGUAUUAUGCAGAUGACCUCAGUCGUCUGUCCCAAAGUCUCAAUAGUCGCAUACUCACGUUGCCCCGCGUCGCCAUGAGGGCGAAGGGCUCCACGCCGUCCACGAUCCCCGUCGCGUGCUGGCAGGAGGCGGGUGUCCGCGCUGAGCUCGUGCGAUCCAUCGCGAGGAAAGAGAUCGCCAAUGUGGAGCAGGUGCCAAUGACUACGAGCGCCAGGACGGAGGGAGGAGACCAGGUUUGGAGACGCCUGGCAGUGCUUGGUCAUUAUCACGACCAGAAUGUUGCGCCACGAGUCGUGAAGGCAAGCAGGGGGCAGGCAUCGUCGAUUCUAAUCUGGCUCCCAUAGCGCUCCAGGAAUCCGUGAUUCUUCAGCUAUAGCCAUCUGCGUGUACUUACAACCUUUUCGACGACGGACUAUACAGCACGGCCGGACGAGAUAUUCUUUAGUAUUGCGCUCCGACGUCCGUACGCACCCUCAAGC